AUCGUACUGAUUCAUGUGAGCUGUAAGAAGUAUAGAGAGAAGCGUUCAGUUAGAGAAGCUCAUUUCACGAAUUUACUAACGAUGUCGACAUUAUGUUGUCGACUUUCCACCCUGCCUACCCCUGUUCUCCUCCGUCGCCUCAAACCUCUGCAUCUCACUAUGUCGACAUGCUUUCCUCACCUCUAAUUAAUUUCUUGCUCGCCGUAAUUACCAUGAAACCCAACUUCCCAAUUCCUCCCUAUCUCGCUUCAUUCUACCCAUUUCCGUAAUUUCACCUUAGGCUGACCAUAUUUCGAGUCAUUGCCUCUUUCCACACCCAUUUGAUUUUUCCUACGGUACCAUUUCUGAAAUCUCGCUGUCUACUUAAACAAGACGCUCUGCUUCUGUGUUCACUCUGAAUCCCCUGUUUUCUCCUCACCAUGAAGACAUUACUGUUGUUUUCAAUCCUCGUUCUGGUUGCGGCCCCCGCGUGGGUGGCCGGAGAAUGCACCUGCGAUGCCGGAGCAGAAGACGACACCAACAGAGCCAAGGCUUUGCGGUACAAGCUCGUGGCGAUUGCUUCCAUACUGGUGGCGGGCGCCAUCGGAGUGUGUCUGCCGGUGAUCGGGAAGUCGGUGCCCGCGCUGAGCCCCGAGAAGGGGGUGUUCUUCAUGGUGAAGGCUUUCGCCGCCGGGGUGAUCCUCGCCACCGGGUUCAUCCACGUGUUGCCGGACGCCUUUGAGCACCUGACGUCGCCCUGUCUCAGCGAGAACCCGUGGGGAAAUUUUCCGUUCACCGGGUUCGUGGCCAUGAUGUCGGCGAUCGGAACGCUCAUGGUGGACACCUUUGCCACUUCCUAUUACCGGAGAGCUCACUUCAGCAAAAAGGGUGUGGUAAGUGGAGACGAAGAGAGGGUCGGAGAGCACGCCGGUCACGUGCACGUCCACACGCACGCCUCUCACGGCCAUUCUCACGGCGGCGGAAAUUCGUUGCAGGAUGAGCCCUCCGGUACCAGCUCCGAGCUUGUCCGGCACCGAGUCAUAUCUCAGGUUCUGGAAUUGGGGAUAGUAGUGCACUCUGUUAUAAUUGGAAUUUCUCUGGGAGCCUCCGAGAGCCCACAAACCAUAAGGCCUCUCGUAGCUGCCCUGACUUUCCAUCAGUUGUUCGAAGGCAUGGGACUCGGUGGAUGCAUCUCUCAGGCAAAAUUUAAAGGGAGAUCGAUUGCAAUAAUGGCGCUUUUCUUUUCGCUGACGACUCCAAUUGGGAUUGCGAUUGGGAUAGGGAUCAGCAAUGUGUAUAACGAGAACAGCCCAACAGCUCUGAUAGUGGAAGGGAUUUUCAAUUCGGCAUCAGCAGGCAUAUUGAUAUAUAUGUCGCUGGUGGAUCUGCUUGCAGCCGAUUUCAUGGACCCGAGGAUGCAGAGCAAUGGAAGGCUUCAGCUUGGGUCAAACCUCUCGCUGCUGCUUGGGGCAGGGUGCAUGUCUGUUCUCGCCAAGUGGGCUUAGGCGCUGUUGACCAGCUCUGUUCCGUAGUGUGAAUACCUUUUUUUUUUUUUUUUUUUUUUUUUUUGGAUUUUCAAGAAUCACAUAUAAGAGAGGUUUUCAUGUUUUUUUUUUUAGUUCCAUGCCAAUGCUUUUGUUUGAUCCGCAUUUUGACUGGAAAAUGUGUUUCAGGGGUUGUUUGGAUUCAAGAUUUUGUUAGUGAUAGGAAAAAAAAAAAAAAAGCAUAAUUUUUUUUUGUUGUAUUUUGUGUAUAUCAAAAUUGUUCUAGUUUGAUUAAAAGUGAUGAAAAAUUCAAAUAGGGUAAUGAAAAGAUAGAUUCCAUUA